UUAAAAAAAUUGCCUUUUGAAGUAAGUGUAUAAGGAGAGUUUUUAUAAGAACCUGUAUUGUAAUUAUAGUAGAAAAAUUAAAUUUGAAAAAAAUACACCCAUUACUUUUCAUACCUAAAGACAAUUAGUAAAUUUCUUGGCUACUAGGAAAAACCUACCCAAGUCUCUUUCACUACAUUCUUGGUGAGGUCAAUGUGGCAAACGUUGCCCUGAGUGGGUUGGUUUCUCUGAAUACUCCUGUUUCUUCCACCAAUACAUUCUGUCGUGGUGACAUCUCGCCAAUUUUACAGACAUCUUACCAAUUUUACAGACAUCCAUCUUAACAACCUCAUUACCUACGAGAGAUUAAACCCUAAUUCCAUCCCUGUUUAACCGCAGUUGCACUUUAAAUCUUUACUUGGGAAAACACAUUUGUAUACAUUGCGAAUCCAUAUAGACAGUUUGCUUUUUGUUUGUUCUUCAAAACUUCUUUUAUUUGUUUAAAAACUCUCCUGUUAUUGGUAAGUUGACCAGCCAGUGGCAUCACACUUAUUGUAAUGGGAGGAUAAUCUUACUUGUUUUUAUUUCAGAAAGACCCUUCUUUGCAGCUGGCUACAGGAUUACACAUUACGCGUGGCACGUUCAUAUGUGAAUUUCUGAAUUUUCUCAGGGAUGAAGUGUCUUGGAUCACGCAGCGGCAGGAGCCCGGCCCUGCAUCGUCCCCGGCAGCGAGCGACCUCGCGGAGAGCCCGUGCCUCAGGAGGAGGGAUCAGCAGCAGCAGCAGCGUGGCGGCCGCGGCAACAGGGGCCGGCAGGGCAGCCAACACAGGCCGUCCUCGAUCAGCCUCGCCGACUUCAUGGGCGGCGAGCAGCGGCAGGGCAGGGGGCAGAGGGCCAGGAGCAAGCGGGUCACACCCACCAAGAUAGCAGCAGGUGAUUUUGCUACGUCUCCAACGAAGGUAGAAACCAGCACUAAUUGCUCUCCGAAAUUGUCGAGCAAUAUUCCGUGCAGCCCGGAGCGGGUUCCUCUGGCAGUGGAGCUGAACACCGUCCAGCUGGAUCCCAGCAAGGUCACCAACUCCGAGGAGAUUACUCUCCUGUGUGAUCUGUACAGUUUCCUUCUGGACAACAACUUGGUGACGAGCAUCGUGAAGGAACUGGCCUUUUGCUUGGCUCUCUUGUUUGUGAGGACUACCAAACGUAUUUUCAUAAGUUCUGCCGAUGAGUGCAUCAGGGAGAAACCCAGUAGCAAAGUUCUGGACUCUGUUGAGAACUGCGUGUUCUUCUCCGCCACGAUGCUGCGCCGGCAGAAAGCGUUCCUGAGCAUGCUUGACAGAAAAACUUUGGCCGUGCUGGCAGAGAACACACGGCUGAUGGCUUUCGUACCGGACCUCUGUGCGCACCUGCUGGGACUCGGGGAGGCGUCGUCUGCCGUGUGGGCAUCUCCGUACGUGAGCAGCUACGUGAUGUACCAGGACGACACGGAUACCAGGGCCCACUUCCAGGGCGAGCGCACGUUCAACGCGUUCCGCAGGCACCGCGACCAGUUCUACGAGAUCUACUCGCUGUGGAAGAAGAGCCGCUCGCAGCCGGGCUGGUGCUUCAGCACGGAGCUGGGUGCGAGCGUCGGAGCCUUGCUGGCGAGCUGCACCAACCCUCUGAACCUCUUCCAUUUCACCCGUCUGUUCCGCUGUCAGCUGCAGCUGUCCUGCAUCAACUGUCAGAAUUAUGUCCAGAACCAGCAUCUUGAUGUUGAUUGUCAGUUCCUGGAAGCCGAGAAUUUCCAGGGCAGCGUCUCGUUCUUGAAGCUCGAUCACUUCUCCGGACCAGAAGAAUUUUUCAGGGACUUCAUCUUGGUCGCUACCACGGCAAGUGCUGCGUUCAUCCAGCACCUGACUGACAGCAUGAUUCAUGAGAUAGUCUCCCUUAACGACACAGCGUUCACUGCAAAUGACAUGGGUGAAAGAGGUACGGUUGGAGAGGAAACUCGAGAGCACUUCAAACUGUGCGUGGCUCAGACUAUGCUGCUGGGAAAGUUCCUGGCCUACAUGGUUCACCUGCCCUACUACUGCGACGAGGAGAUCGCAGAGAGCAUCUUGGAACCCCACAUCGAACUGAGGAAACUAAGCACACCGCCCAUCGACAUCCUCAAGUGUCUGACGGACGCGCUGGGAGCGCAGAAGCUGGUCGUGACAGUGCCGUGGGUGGUCGCGUACCUGCGGAUGCUGGACCAAGUGUCGUACCGCCUCCCCUACUACCUGACGGUGUUCGACAAGCUCUUCGACAUCUACUACAACUGGUCGCGACUCGCCAGGCCGUGCUUCCCGCCGCAUUCCCUCAUGCUUGUGGCCUUUUCUCUGGGCUCCCUCUUUGAGGAGCCUGGCUUCCCUAGCUCCAUCUACUUCACGUGGCGGUUCGGCCUGUCCAGCCACUUGAAGAGCAUCCCUCAGCCCAUGCAGGCAGAUGGGGCGGUGGACUCCCUGGAUGUCGUCGACAAGCAGGCCGUGUUCCUGUGCUGCCCCGUGCUGUGGCGGUUCCACGCCGUGCUGACGGCCGCGAGCCGGGACCCCGCCUCCCCCCUCCGCGGUGCCGGGCUGGGGAGGCGGGCCCCGCCCCCCGUGGCUGCCUGCCGCUUGGAGCAGCCCUCCGACCCAGGCAGCAGAGGUCACGAGGUGAACGUGAAGCUGCGCAACAGUUUCUUCAGCCGCCAGCCGGCGUCCACCCUGAAGACGGUGGAGCUGGUCGCAGAGAGGGUGUCUUCGAGCUGCGUCAAGCACAUGGAGACCGUCCACGCCACGGGCAUGCGGCAGCAGGCUCAUGAGCUGUUCCUGGACGUGCUCUCUGCCGCCGAGGUGGACAGCAUGUUCCCGGCAUACAGACCCAGCCUGCUGCCAAAGUUGAGGCACAUAAUGAAACAAGUUGGCCAGACAGUAUCUAAAUUCAUGGUGAAGAACUUUCAGCAUAAGUGCCUGGAGAUUGCCGAACCAUUCUGCGCUUCCAGGAGCCAGAUUGCUCUGGAGGCAUUGUUACCCGACUCGUUCAACGGUGCGAUUGUCAAGGCUUGCUCGGCAGAAGUGACAAAAGAGUCCCUAAAGAGAGUCAAGCGAUGGAUACAUGCUCAUAUUUCUCCAGAGAUGUUCGAGGCGGAACUGAAGGCGGAGCUGGAGAGGAGGCUGCGGCACCUGAACAACCGCGUGGUCCAGGGGAAGGAGUCUGGGGUACUGCUGGAGGAGGGCCGGCCGGUCACGCACCUUGAUGAAGCCUGGCCUCCGCAUUUCGCUGUGAAGAGCAUGCUGAGGAUGAUCCAGUCCGUGAUUGAGCUGCCGCCCUCGGUGGAGCUGGUCGCGAGGGCCAAGGACUUGCUGACGAUGGUCUCGCACAGCGUCCAGCAUCGCCAGGAUAUGAUUCCUGCUGUGGAGCAGCUCAUCUACGCUCCAUUGUCUUUUGAUCUCUUCAUUCAUCUAGUGGUGCGGUGCCACGAGUUCGUGGACGCGAAGCUGGUGCAGAGCUUCGUGGAGCUGUGGCGCCGGCCAGAGCUGAGCCUGGGCGGCCCCCUUGAUGAGGUGAAGGAGCGCCUGAUCUGCCCGCGCAACAUCCACGUGCUGGGCUCAUCCCUGCAGCCCGAGGCGGCCUGGCUGUGCUUCGCCGACGUGUUGGCGACCCUCCAGGCUCUGGGCUUCCUCUCUGCCGAGUCCAUCUCUGCGCAGUUCCUCUCCAUCCUGCAGUGUACCUGGACUCAGGAAAUGUACCACAUGUUCAACAUCUGCAUACAGAGGGUGAUAUCUGUAACUACUGAUGAUAAAACAGAGUACUACAAUUUGAUGAACUUAAUAAAAACCUAUUUUGAAGAGUUUGAAGAAGACGAUUUUCUUGGAGAUGAUCUGGUUUAUGAUUAAUGAACUGUACAUUGUCUUUGUUAGUAAAUGUUUAGUUUGUAAUUAUGUAUAUUUAUUGUUGUCAGUAAAUGCAAAUACAUCCAA